AUGAUCUUGCACGACGAUAGUAGUGGAGAGCCUCACCAGGCCAAGAUUGCCAAUGUAUACGUCGAGGCGUUGAAUGACGUCGAUAUCGCAAAUGAGUACUGGGAAGAGCUCUUUCACCAAGCUGGACCCCAACGGCGUUUACAAUGCUUUCCUAUUGAAUACCAACAGCCUCGCUGCAAUUCGUCGCUCACUAUUGCCGAUGGGUCAUUUGAGGCCACUCUAUGGUUCUGCAAAAAGUACAAUGUUCGUCUACACGAUGUAUUUUAUGCCAUAUGGGCUAUUGUGUCUGCGCGACAUAUGGCAGAUGGCCACCGCACAACCGUAUUUGCCGUGGCUGGCCCGGAUCACUCAAGUCCCGGACAAGAUGAUGAGGUCGGCGUAUCAGACCACAACAUUCCCCUAAUUCUUACGCUUCCAGAGGACACGGAUGUCCUCUCAUGGAUUCGCCAUGUGGGAACGGUCAGCGCCGAAGCGUCUUCCCAUGCACACGUUGGUUACAAAAACAUAAUUGCGAAAGCCCCGGCCCAUAAUCCCCAAGCCAAAGUCUCCAUCAGCUGGCCAGGCAAUAGCCAGGAAGUCGUUGUCACUGGAGAUGAAUUCUUUCCGCUUGUCCUUGAUAUCCGUAUCUCAACAAACCUCAACCUCAAAUUCAGUGUAUGGCACAACUCGACCGUUCCAGAGAGAGACAUUCGCGUGCUACUGGACCAUGUCGCGACUACACUGCAACAGGCAAUGGAGAGCCAUCACUCAAGCAUCUCGGAGCUCCAGAUAAUGUCACCAACGGAGAAGCAACUAUCACACGAAUAUGCAAACAACAGCGGCUUAAUGCAUCGCCUGAUCGAACAGCAAGCCAAAUUGACACCGGACGCCGAGGCAGUGCAGUUUGAGCAGGAUAAACCACUCACUUUUUCAACACUGAAUGCGCGGUCAAAUAAAUUAGCCCGGCAGAUACGAUCAUUUGGAGCUCCAAUUGUGCCAGUACAUAUGCACAUAUCAAUUAACUUCAUUGUCGCACUUUUCGCCAUCCUGAAAGCUGGUGCUGCGUACGUCAUUUUGGAUCCGGAUGCUGGAGCAGCGCGCAGGUCCUACAUUAUAAAGGACGUUCAGGCAGAUUUCAUCUUGGUGGACGACAAUACCGCAGGCGAGUUUUAUAAGGAGUUCAAAGUCGGUGAUUUACUCAGACAGUCAACAAAUCAUGAUGAAAGUGACCUCAUGACGGAUCAGCGUGUUAGUGACCUGGCAUACAUCAUCUAUACAUCAGGUUCUAGUGGGAACCCCAAAGCAGUGCAGCUUGAGCAUCAAGCUGCGUUCAGUGGCCUGAGGGCUUUCCCUCCGAUUGCAAAUCUCCGUCAAUUGCUCUUCUACAACCCUGUCUUUUCAGCGGCACAGAGAUCUAUUUGGGCGACUCUGAGUGUAGGCGGCUGCCUGUGCCUUGCAUCCAAGAAGAACACUACAGUGCAUUUAGCUACGACAAUUAACACCAUGCAGAUCAACUCAAUUGAUAUGACCUCAACAACCGCGACACUGGUCUCACCCGAUGAAGUGCCCCCUCUUCGACGACUAGUAUUGGGCGGUGAGAUGGUCAGUUCGACUGUGAUUCAGAGGUGGGCACAUCGAGUAGAGCUCUUUUCAUCCUACGGCCUUAGCGAAUGCACACAACUCAAUUGGCGUUGCAGAUUAUCAAGUGAUUCCAAUCCUCGAAGUAUUGGACAACCAUCUGACACAACGACAUCGUACAUUCUCAUCCCUGGAACCGUUAAACUUUCACCUCUACUCGUCCCUGGCGAGUUAUGUCUUGGAGGUGCGCAGCUCGCGAGGGGGUAUUUGAACCUCACAGAAGAAACAAACAAGCGUUUCAUCCAAAACCCAUUUGGCCAAGAUAGACUCUAUCGGACAGGCGAUAUGGCGGUUCGUCACGCCGACGGGUCCAUAGAAAUACUGGGACGCAUUGAUUUUCAAGCCAAAAUCAAUGGCCAGAGAGUUGAUCCCGGCGAGCCCAACUCAGUGAUCCAAGCACAUGAGGAUGUUGAACAAUCCGCUGUGGUUCCAGUUCCUGUGAACGGGAAGAUUCUUCUUGUCGCUGUCGUUGUCAGUCGUGCUGGGUGCGAUUGGGAUCAUCUUGUCGAAAGUCUUCGCUCAUUUCUCCCAUCGAGAAUACCUUUGUACAUGGUACCGAGUUUCUGGGUUUCCAUACCAGCAAUGCCGCUCAACGCCAACGGCAAAAUUGAUAUGCAAGCGGUCCGAGUUAUUGUUGAGCGCCAACGCGAUUCAGGACAGUUGUUUCCGCGUCGUUCCAAGACCGACAUAAAUGGCAGCGCACUCACUCAGAGCGAAAAUGUAUUAAAAAACCUCUGGGCAGAGCUUUUGUCCAUGCCGGAGUCAUAUAUCUCCCCGAGCGACUCAUUCGUUUCGUUAGGCGGCACAUCCCUUGAAGCCAUCCAGGUUGUGUCAAGGCUUCGAUCUGAAUAUUUUCUAAACUUGAAGGUCGAUGAUAUCAUUCUUGGCACCUCGCUUUCUGCUAUAGCUCGUCUCGCCGAGAAGCUAGUCGAGGGAAUCAGCAAUGAAGACCAAAUAACUCCAUUUGCCCUUCUUCGUGAGCCUCUUUCUUCGGAAUAUCUGAACAUCGAACAUUCAGAGAUCGAAGAUGCCUACCCAGUCACACCUUUCCAAGAGGCAGCUAUCGCAAACACAGUAAUGGGUGGCAAGAGCUACAUCUAUAGCCGUUCUUACAGCUUUGCAGGACAUGAUGAGGCUAUUGUGAAAGCAUCACUUGUAUCCCUGGCAAAGUCCCAUGUUCUUCUUCGGACAACUUUCGUCGCAAGAGGAGCGUCAUUUCUACAGGUAGUCAAGAAGACCGUGAAAUUGCCGUGGGAAACCUCUACAUUGGAUGUGAAAGAUUAUAUGAAACACAGAGCAUCAGAUCUGAUGUAUCCUGGCGACCUUUGGUGGAGAGCGGCUGUUCUGCCGGGGAACAUUCUAGUCCUCACCACUCAUCAUGCUCUUUUCGAUUACUGGUCCAACGAAUUUCUUUCGCAUGAUCUCACAUCUAUCUUACUUGGAAAAGAGCCAAUUCAGCGACCAGUAUACAGACGUUAUGUCGAGCACUUGCAGCAAUAUGACGACAAUGCCAUGGAGGUAUUCUGGAGCAAUUAUCUCGAUGGAGUUAAGCCUAGUCCACUUGGGCCAUAUGGAAGUCGUGAAAGUGCGGUCACAGCCAAACUCAAUUUUGAUUUCCAAAGUGCCGCAUCAAACCUCAGCGUUACACCAAGUGUGCUGUUGUAUGCUGCUUGGUCGGUUGUUCUGUCUAUUGCAAGCUCUACUGAUGAUGUUGUCUUUGGUGUCACACUUUCCGGGCGAGAAGCCCCAGUUCCAGGUAUCCUUCAGAUGAAUGGGCCUACUCUCAUGAUUGCUCCACUCAGAGUCAAAGUCGACAAAACGGAAUCAUUCAAAGCUCAUCUGACGAGUAUGCAAGACAGUCUAUGGAGUGUCGCGAGAAAUGCUCAGUACGGGUUACGCCGCAUCCUCAAAACAACUGGACAGUCAAAAGAUCUCGUGGGAUCUAUGGUGAACUUCUUGAUCAAACUACCUAUACACAGGCCGGCUGGAGGAUUAGUAUUGUUGUCAGAGAAUAAUCUUGGCUCGGUUGAAAAUGUCAAGAUUGAGAUCAACAAAGAUAGCAUGGAUUGCGUAACUGUGGUCUCAUCGCUUGAUAGAGAAUUCGCUCAGGCUCUCGUCGACACGGUUGCGAUUGUUCUGGAAUCAGCAUCAUCUGCGCCACUUACGAAAAUCGGACAUUGGAAAUUGGUGCAACCAACAACCGGAUCCGCAGGCGAUCUUGAACCCGAGGAUCCUCACUCACGGUUGAUGAAGGGCCAACAAAGCCAAGCGGAGAACGGCUUGGUUGGGUCUAAUGAAGUGGACCAAAUCAAAAUACCGAGCAGAGAGCAUGCCGAAUUAGCACAUUCUGCAUUUCAGAGGAUGGCUUUCUCUCAUCCAGGCAAGAUAGCCGUGCAAGAUGCGUCAGGAAAUCAGAUAACAUACGCUGGAUUGGCCAUCAAGGCUAACCAGCUUGCGGGCUUAUUGAGAGCGAAAGGAAUUCAACUAGAGCAAAUUGUCCCCAUCAUGUUCGAAAAGUCCAUUAACACUGUCGUGGCUAUAUUUGGAAUCCUAGUCGCUGGCGGUGCCUUCUUGCCUCUUGGACCAGAGAACCCCCGGGAAAGAAACUUGGGAAUUCUCGAUGACUUGGAAGGCAAGAUUGCUAUCACAGAUCGAUCCAACGCCGCUUUCUUUGUUGACGCUGCGUAUGAAGUCAUUGUACUCGAUGAUCUGAACUGGGAUACAAUGCCAAUCGAGAGACAUGAUGUACCUGGCAUGACACCCAACAGCCUGGCAUAUGUCAUAUACACCUCCGGGAGUACUGGAAAGCCGAAGGGAACCCUUUUGAUGCACGAGGGUCUAUCAGCGGCGACCCAGGCAAUCAAUGAAGCAACGAAGACGGAGGUUUCGCAUAGGUUUUUAUGGGUUCCAAACUAUACGUUUGACGGCUCUCUGGACACUCUGUUUACAGCUCUCUCCAGUGGAUGUACACUGUGUGUUGCUCCACAGAGCGUUAUUGCAUCCAACCUCACCGGAUUGAUCAAUACAAUGCAGGUCAACCGAGCCAAUAUGACACCUUCGAUGACCGCACUCAUCAAUCCGGAGGAAGUUCCGACUCUCCAAAUUUUAAUUACCGGAGGAGAAGCCAUCACUCCGCAAGUGUUGGCAGCAUGGAUGCCACGCGUAAAGAUAUAUAACGCAUACGGACCGACUGAGGCCACCAUUUCUAUCACUACCACGCGUGUUCAUCCGCAGAUGAAUUUGCGUAAUGUUGGUAGGCCUUUCAAGGGUGUCACUGCCUUGAUCCUUGAUCCCGAGACAAUGAAUGCAGUGCCUAAUGGCAGCGUCGGUGAGCUUUGCCUCUCGGGUCCGCAGGUGGCGAGGGGGUACUUAAAGCGCCCUGACGCCACGGAGCGCGCAUUUCUUGGCAGGCCUGAGGGAAGGAUCUAUCGCACUGGAGAUCUUGCAAGCAUAUUACCCAAUGGCGAUAUCGAAUUGUUCGGUCGUAAAGAUGAUCAAGUUAAGAUCAACGGCUACCGAAUUGAAUUGGGUGAGAUUGAAAGUGUUGUCAUGAGAACCAGCAUGUUUGAUACGUGCAUUGUUAUCUGCGCAACGGUUUUGAAGAAAAAACAGCUUAUUGCAUUUUAUUCAAAAUACGUUAGAGAAACAGGGGAAGUGAGGAUCGAAACAGGCCUGCUUCUGCCCCCUGGCCAACUGUUAGAUUUUGAUCGGCUCAAGGGUCAGCUUACCACUGUACCGAGCUAUAUGAUUCCCACUAUAUGGCUCCCUGUGAAUAAGUUCCCAUUCUCAGCUGCCGGGAAAGUCGAUAGGAAGUGUUUGCAAGCUCUAGUUGAAGGUAUGGCUGACAACUUACUCAAACAUUACCUACCCAGGGAAGUGAAAUCAGCCAUUACCACCGGGACAGAGCUAAAUCUACAGUCAAUGUGGUCGGAACUUUUUGAAACACCGGUAGAACAGAUCCACGCCAAUUCCUCAUUCCAUGCUUUGGGCGGAGACUCCAUCUCUGCUCUGAACCUUGUCAGUAUGCUUCGUCGGCAAGGGUACGAGACCAAAGUCAGCGAUAUCUUGUCAAGGAAUACAUUGAGGCAACAAGCAGCAUUGCUGGAGGAAAGCAACAAAUCAGAUACUACAUUGACUACGCAGAAGAUUCAAUACAAGGCAUCUGAUGCGGUGUGGGAGCGACUAUCCCAGAUUGGCGUUCGGAAAGAUGAAGUUGAAGACAUUUACCCUUGCAGCCCUGGCCAGAUUGAAUUCCUGACCCAAGGAAACAAACAAGAGCAGUUCUGGCAACUCAUGGCCGUUCGAGAGCUGCCCAAAGACUUUGACCUCGAUCGCUGGAUACAACUCACGACCAAACUCACUCAAAACAGCCAGAUUCUGCGUGCUUUGUAUGUGUACAUCGAAGAAGCCAACGUGCAGACGGCUGUCCAAGUUGUGCUAAAGACUCCAACACCCAAUCUACGAUACAAGUCAUUCGAUAAAGAAGAGGAGAAGCAACAUAUAUUGGCAGCGGAAUGGGAAGAGCUCUUUGACCCGGGGAAGCCUUUUGUCAGAUACACAUGUCUUGUCAACACGGUAGAUGGCACCAAGCACCUUGUCAUAAAGCUAGAUCAUGCUUCGUAUGACGGAACACUUUUACACAUAUUUGAUGACCAGUUCAAAGCCCUGGACAAAGACUUGCCGAUUCCCAGGCAUACACCUUUCAAAGAUUUCAUUGGCCAUGUUAUUUCGACGCCAAAACAACCUCAGCUUGAUUACUGGGUGCAUCUACUCGAAAACAGAAACUUUGAUUUUCCUUCCAAUGUGGUCCACCCGAAGAUCUCAAAAACCGAGAUUGCUAAAGUCAGCACUUCUGUUGGCAUCGACAAUCUUGCCAGUUCUAAUGGUGUCACUGUUCCAAUUGUCUUCCAGGCUGCCUUUUCCCUUUUAUUGGCACACAUCAGCGGAACACAUGAAGUCACCUACGACAAUCUAGUCACUGGGCGCAACGUACCCCUGGACAAUCCCCAACUCAUUGAUGGGAACUGUGCGAACUUCCUACCUUUCCAAGGCCAUCUAGCCGAAGACCAGCCUAUCGAGUCCUUACUCAAAGAGACGCAAGCGGCUUUCUGGACCUCAACGGAAAAUGGGCUCGUGUCACUUGGCGAAAUAUACAAUGCCCUAGGACAUGAUCGCUCUACGUCGGCUGCCAAGUGUCUGUUCUGCUUUCAGCCGUUCGAGGCAGCGCCAACCAAGCAGGAUCCUAUGCGCUGGGUCGUUAUGAAGAUGAGUAAGAAUACUAUGUUCUUCAAUUACGCCAUUCAGCUGGAGGUGAUUAAAACUGCUACAAAGGGUGAAUACAUGAUACGAUUUGGAUAUGACGAGAGGGCGUUUACGGAUAAGGAGGCAAGAUUGGCCUUAGAUUGGUAUAUUGGGUGCUUGGGUGGAAUGGCGACGGCAACUUUGGUUGAGGAGUUGGGAAUGUGA